GGGGCCCCGCCGAGUCUCGGUCUGUCCGGGACGGACUGGCGGACAGACUGGCGGGCGGGCGCUGACGCCGCGGGGCCGGAGCGGGCCGCGGGGGAGCGCGCCGAGGCUGCAGCGGCGCCGUCCGUCGGUCCCCGUCGGGGCUCCCGGGGUCCCGCCCCGCCCCCGCGGCCAUGGCGGGCGCCAGGCCCGGCGUCCACGCGCUGCAGCUGGAGCCGCCCGCCGUGGCGGAGACCCUACGGCGCGGGAGUAAGUUCAUCAAAUGGGACGAGGAGGCCUCCAGCCGCAACCUGGUGACUCUCAGAGUGGACUCCAGUGGCUUCUUCCUGUACUGGACGGGACCCAACAUGGAGGUAGACACACUGGACAUCAGCUCCAUCAGGGACACACGGACCGGCCGCUACGCCCGCCUGCCCAAGGACCCCAAGAUCCGGGAAGUGCUGGGCUUUGGGGGUCCUGAUGCCCGAAUGGAGGAGAAGCUGAUGACGGUGGUGGCCGGGCCAGACCCUGUUAACACGACGUUCUUGAACUUCAUGGCCGUGCAGGACGACACCGCCAAGGUUUGGUCCGAGGAGCUGUUCAAGUUGGCUAUGAACAUCCUGGCUCAGAAUGCCUCCCGGAACACCUUCCUGCGCAAAGCGUACACCAAGCUGAAACUGCAGGUGAACCAAGAUGGACGCAUCCCCGUUAAGAACAUCCUCAAGAUGUUCUCAGCAGACAAGAAGCGAGUGGAGACGGCACUGGAGUCCUGUGGCCUCAAUUUCAACCGGAGCGAAUCCAUCCGGCCUGAUGAGUUUCCCUUGGAAAUCUUCGAACGGUUUCUGAACAAGCUGUGUCUGCGGCCCGACAUUGACAAGAUCCUUCUGGAAAUAGGCGCCAAGGGCAAGCCCUACCUGACGCUGGAGCAGCUCAUGGACUUCAUCAACCAGAAGCAGCGCGACCCUCGGCUCAACGAGGUGCUGUACCCGCCGCUGCGGCCCUCGCAGGCCCGGCUGCUCAUCGAGAAGUACGAGCCCAACCAGCAGUUCCUGGAGCGAGACCAGAUGUCCAUGGACGGCUUCAGCCGCUACCUGGGGGGCGAGGAGAACGGCAUCCUGCCGCUGGAAGCGCUGGACCUGAGCGCAGACAUGACGCAGCCGCUCAGCUCCUAUUUCAUCAACUCCUCGCACAACACCUAUCUCACAGCGGGACAGCUGACCGGGACGUCGUCGGUGGAGAUGUACCGCCAGGCGCUGCUGUGGGGCUGCCGCUGCGUGGAGCUGGACGUGUGGAAGGGCCGGCCGCCCGAGGAGGAGCCCUUCAUCACGCACGGCUUCACCAUGACCACCGAGGUGCCCCUGCGGGAUGUGCUGGAGGCCAUCGCCGAGUCGGCCUUCAAGACCUCGCCCUACCCUGUCAUCCUGUCCUUCGAGAACCACGUGGACUCGGCAAAGCAGCAGGCCAAGAUGGCCGAGUACUGCCGCUCCAUCUUCGGGGACGCACUGCUCAUCGACCCCCUGGACAAGUACCCGCUGGCCCCGGGCACCCCCCUGCCCAGCCCGCAGGACCUGAUGGGCCGCAUCCUGGUGAAGAACAAGAAGCGGCACCGGCCCAGCACAGGCGCCCCCAGCAGCUCUGUGCGCAAGCGGCCGCUGGAGCAGAGCAACUCGGCCCUGAGCGAGAGCUCCGCCGCCACCGAGCCCUCUUCACCGCAGCUGGGGUCCCCCAGCUCCGACAGCUGCCCCGGCCUGAGCAACGGGGAGGAUGUGGCCCUGGAGAAACCCAGGCUAGAACCACAGAAGUCUCUGGGUGAGGAGGGGCUGCAGCCAGGCCCCGAUGCUCUGGGACCCACUGACCGGGAGGAGGAGGAGGAGGAGGAGGAAGAGGAGGAGGCUGACCCCAAGAAACCCACCACGGACGAGGGCACCGCCAGCAGUGAGGUCAACGCCACGGAGGAAAUGUCCACACUGGUCAAUUACAUUGAGCCCGUCAAGUUCAAGUCCUUCGAGGCUGCUCGGAAGAGGAACAAGUGCUUCGAGAUGUCGUCCUUUGUGGAGACCAAGGCCAUGGAGCAGCUGACCAAGAGCCCCAUGGAAUUUGUAGAAUACAACAAACAGCAGCUCAGCCGCAUCUACCCCAAGGGCACCCGCGUGGACUCCUCCAACUACAUGCCUCAGCUCUUCUGGAACGUGGGCUGCCAGCUCGUGGCCCUCAACUUCCAGACCCUGGACCUGCCAAUGCAGCUGAACGCAGGUGUGUUUGAGUACAACGGGCGCAGUGGUUACCUGCUCAAGCCCGAGUUCAUGCGGCGGCCGGACAAGUCCUUUGACCCCUUCACCGAGGUCAUCGUGGAUGGCAUCGUGGCCAACGCCCUGCGGGUCAAAGUGAUCUCGGGCCAGUUCCUGUCAGACAGGAAGGUGGGCAUCUACGUGGAGGUGGACAUGUUCGGCCUCCCUGUGGAUACGCGCCGCAGGUACCGCACGCGCACCUCCCAGGGCAACUCCUUCAACCCUGUGUGGGAAGAGGAGCCCUUCGACUUCCCCAAGGUGGUGCUCCCCACGCUGGCCUCACUGCGCAUCGCGGCCUUCGAGGAGGGUGGCAAGUUCGUGGGUCACCGGAUCCUGCCCGUCUCUGCCAUCCGCUCAGGGUACCACUACAUCUGCCUGCGGAACGAGGCCAACCAGCCGCUGUGCCUGCCCGCCCUGCUCAUCUACACGGAGGCCUCCGACUACAUCCCCGAUGACCACCAGGACUAUGCAGAGGCCCUCAUCAACCCCAUCAAGCAUGUCAGCCUGAUGGACCAGAGGGCCAAGCAGCUGGCCGCCCUCAUCGGGGAGAGUGAGGCCCAGGCCAGCCCUGAGACCUGCCAGGAGAGCCAGGGCCCGCAACCUGGGGCCCAGCUGCCCCCCAACCCCACACCCAGCCCACUGGAGGCCUCCCCUCGGUGGCCUCCAGGCCCUGUCACCUCCCCCACGAGCCCCUCCAUCAGCAGCCCAGGGCAGCGAGAUGACCUCAUUGCCAGCAUCCUCUCAGAGGUGGCCCCGACCCCCCUGGAUGAGCUCCGAGGGCACAAGUCACUGGUGAAGCUCCGGAGCCGGCAGGAGCGAGACCUCCGGGAGCUGCUCAAGAAGCAUCAGCGGAAGGCUGUCGCUCUCACUCGGAGAUUGCUGGACAGCCUGGCGCAGGCCAAGGCCGAGUCUAGGGGCAGGGAGAACGAGGUGGACAAGGACUUCCAGAACAGGCAGGUGCGGAGUCUGCUGGAGCUGAGGGAGGCCCAGGCGGAUGCGGAGGCCGAGCGGAGGCUGGAGCAUCUGAGACAGGCCCAGCAGCGGCUCAGGGAGGUUGUCUUGGAUGCGCACGCAACUCAGUUCAAGAGGCUGAAGGAGACAAACGAGAGGGAGAAGAAGGAACUCCAAAAAAUUCUGGACAGGAAGCGCCACAACAGUAUCUCGGAGGCCAAGACAAGAGAGAAACACAAGAAGGAGGUGGAACUGACGGAGAUUAACCGCCGGCACAUCACGGAGUCUGUCAACUCCAUCCGCCGGCUGGAGGAGGCCCAGAAGCAGCGGCACGAGCGCCUGGUGUCGGGGCAGCAGCAGGUCCUGCAGCAGCUGGUGGAGGAAGAGCCCCAGCUGCUGGCCCAGCUGGCCCAGGAGUGUCAGGAGCAGCGGGCGAGGCUGCCCCAGGAGAUCCGCCGGAGCCUGCUGGGCGAGCCGCCGGAGGGGCCUCUGUUGGCCUGUGCCAGCAAUGGUCACGCGCCCGGGAGUGGCGGGCACCUGUGCGGCGCUGAUUCCGAGAGCCAAGAGGACACGAAGCUCUGAGCUGGUCGAGCGAGAGAUGAGGAGCCUGAGGCCUGGAACAAACAGCUAAGGCGAGUAUCCUGACCUGGAGGCGGGGCCGGGACAGUGCUCUCCCUGUGGACUGUCCAGCCUGGAAGACUUGCCCCUCGCCUAGGAGUGGCAGAGACCCGCAUGGCACGGAGGGCUGCCCCAGCUGGGCUGGCACUUCAAGGCCUCUCCCAGCUUCCUGGCCAACCCCCUCCCUCCUCCAGAGGAAAGCAGCCUCCAGUCUGGGCUUAUCUUCUGCCAAUUGAGUGUUCCUUUUUUUUUUUUUUUCUUUGCUGUAGCCUCAGGCGAACAGAUGGGGUGGGGAGGCCGGGAGGAGGGCCUCUACUUGGGGGGUCAGGCCUCUCUCUAAUGGGUGUCCAGAUCCUUCAGCAGCCAAGUCUUAGCUUAGGGAAACACUACAUGUCACUCCCCAGGGUCCUCAAAGACCAGGCUAAACUCCAAAAUCCUGGGUGUGACAUUCCAGCCUGGCCUCUGCUGCUCCCCUAGGCCCCCCCGCCCUUCCUUCUCCACUCCAACUCACCUCCUCCCGGAAGCCCUCUUGGACUUGCCACCUUCCCAGGCCCCUCUCUCUGUUCUAGCCCUCAGCUGGCCAGGAAGCUUCUGAGGGCUGGGACUGGGGCGUUAUUUAUCUCUGUAUACUCGGUACAAAACGCUGGCUCGUCGUCAGGGGGUGCCAAUAAAUCUGGAUUUAGCUCGA